AUGCGGAGCGUGGAGUUCGACCUCGCUGUCACCGGGGACGACGUGCGGCGCGGGGUGGCGAGGGUGGCGGCCGCCGUGGAGGGCUGCGACGUGGGCGUCCUCGUCAACAACGCUGGCGCUUCGGGAUGGCUCUGCUUUUGCGUCGCUGUUUUUUUUAGGCCGUUGGAGAACGCGAGGUUUGGGUUCGGGACCUUUUCACUGUGCAUGACUCAAAAUAUCGAAUGA